GGUGGGGCGGGGUGUGAAUAUUGCGUAAUUAUCUCCGUAUAAAAGUGGAGACCAUCGCCCCACCUUCAAACUCUUCCUCUCCCCCGUCACGAUGAGGGACCUCUGCUUGACGGCGUUGCUGGUGGUGGCGGUGGUGGGCGGCGCGAGGGCGUACGACCAGCCCUCCUGCGACGGCCGCCAGACCAUCGUCCACUUGUUCGAGUGGAAGUGGACGGAUAUCGCCGCCGAGUGUGAGAGAUUCCUUGGCCCGGCUGGGUUCUGCGGCGUCCAGGUAUCACCCCCCAUGGAACACAUCGUCUCAGCCAGCGACGGGUACCCAUGGUGGCAGAGGUACCAACCCGUCUCUUACAAACUGGAGUCGAGGUCGGGCAACGAAGCUCAAUUCACAGACAUGGUGCAACGGUGCAACGCGGUGGGAGUCAGGAUCAUCGUGGACGCCGUCGUGAACCACAUGACGGGGCUCGGGCGCGUCGGGCCGGGGUCGGGCGGGACCGACUUCAACGCCGACAACCUCGACUUCCCCGGCGUGCCCUUCUCCAGCUUGGACUUCACGCCCAGGGACCAAUGCCCCUCCAGCAACGGAAUGAUCAACAACUACAACGACCCCAACGAGGUGCGCAACUGCUACCUGGUGGGGCUGACCGACCUCUACGGCGCCAAGGAUUACGUCAGGGAGAAAGUCGCUGGCUAUUUCAACCACCUUAUUGACAUCGGCGUCAUGGGCUUCCGUGUGGACGCCGCGAAACACAUGUGGCCCGCGGACCUAGAAGCUAUCCAGGGCCUGACGAAGGACCUGAGCACCGCUGCGGGUUUCCCCAGUGGACAGCGCCCCUUCUUCUUCCACGAAGUGAUCGACCAGGGAGGGGAGCCGAUCACAGUGCAGGAGUACUUCGGUGUCGGUCGCACAACCGAGUUCCGUUACGGCAAGAAGAUCGCGUGGGGCAUCAACUCCUUCGACCAGCUGGGCAACGUCUACGACCCGGGCUGGGGGAUGGCGCCCUCGGAGAAGGCGGUCGUGUUCGUCGACAACCACGACAACCAGCGCGGACACGGAGGCGCCGGGGACAUUCUCACGCACAAGCAGCCUAAGGAAUAUACCAUGGGUGUCUGCUUCUCCCUCGCCCAUGACUACGGUUUCAUGCGCCUCAUGAGCAGCUACUACUUCGACAACAGCGACCAGGGUCCGCCAGGCAGCAGCUACGGAGGCACGGAUGACGUUCCCAUCAACGGCGACGGAACCUGCGGCGGCGGAUGGGUCUGCGAGCACCGCUGGAACGCCAUUGCGCAGAUGGUCAAGUUCAGGAACGCUGUGGCAGGCACGCAGAUCGCCAACUGGUUCCAGGAGGGCGACAACGUGGCCUUCUCCCGAGGCAAUAAGGGCUUCUUCGCCAUGUCCAAGUACGGCUCCUUCGACCGUACGCUCCAGACGGGCAUGCCCGCCGGUACCUACUGUGAGCUGAUCAGCGGCUGUGCCAAUCAGGUCACGGUGAAUGGCGACGGAACAGCACAGAUCUCCAUCAAUAAUUCUGAUGAACCGAUCUUCGCCAUCUGUGUCGGAUGCGACGGAACCGGCCCUACCGUCGACCCCAAUCAGCCCACGACGACCCCGGGUCCCACCAAGCCGCCCAUCACCUCGGGCACAGCCAGGACCGUCGUCUUCAUCCACAAGCAGACCAGCCCCGGCCAGGACCUCUUCAUAAGGGGCGGCAUCGACUCUGCCCAUCGCCCAGGCUGCACCGAGAAUGCGGACACCGACGCAUGCGCCAUCGACAUCAGCGUCAGCAGCCUUGGCGCGGGCGACCACUACGCCAAGUACGACGCGUGGCGCCAAGGGGACUCCAAGCUGGACUGGUUCGGCGCCCAGGCGGGGCAGGGCAGCUACAUGGGCGGGGCGGCCUCGGGCUCGCCGCUCGCUUGGACCACCAACCAGGCCGGGGCCGCGGGCUACCAGGACCUCAACACCUUUGGCGAACACUACUGGAUGAUAGACAUGGAGAUGGAUUGCGGCCAGACUGAAGACGGCUGGUUCGAGCUGAAAGGCUUCCUGACCAACGCCGGUUCGGGCUGGGAAGCAGACGUCAACCAGGUGAGCUCUUGCAAGGGAAGCGCGGGAGGCUCCAAGCCCUACGCGUCCAGCAACCACAUGGGGAAGUGCGGCUUCCUCAACGUCUUCGAGUUCUCCGGCUCCUCGUGCCAGAUCGACGUCCUGCCUUGAGUCCACGGCGAGGCUUCGGGGCGGUGGCGAGGAUGACGACGAGAAUGAUGAAACGACGACGAUGACGAUGAUGAUGAAGAAAACGAUGAUGACGAUGAUGAUGAAGAAAACGAUGAUGACGAUGAUGAUGAAGAAAACGAUGAUGACGAUGAUGAUGAAGAAAACGAUGAUGACGAUGAUGAUGAAGAAAACGAUGAUGACGAUGAUGAUUCCCACGACAAAGACGAUGAAGACGACGCUCAUAACGAUGAUGACGACGGCCAUAGUGAUGACGACGAAGAUGCGAUGAAAAUGACGAUGAUGACGAUGCAAUGUCCGUCGCUUCAUGUGGUGGUGAUUUUCACCUGGGGAUACCCUUUAGAUGUUCCUUUGAAUAAAAACGUGUGGGAAUAGG